AUGGAUAUCUUCUACAGUCGUUAUUACAGAAUUAAUACUACUAGUUCAAAACGCUUAGGAUUAUGGCCUCAUGGCGAUGCUUUAAAAAAUAAAGUUAAACGAUACAUAAUUGUCAUUUUAAUUACAUCUAUUAUCAUACCUCAAGCAAUACGACUGAUCGAAGAAUGGAACCGAGACGUAGAUAUAGUUAUUGAAGUUAUUGGCUCUUUAAUGUAUUUUGGUGGUUGUCAAAUGAAGUAUAUUAGCUUUUUGCUGUCGAAUACAAAGAUGAAAUUCGUGUAUGAAGAAAUUGCGAGACAUUGGCAAAUUUUAAACAGACAGAACGAGCAGAAAAUUUUAAGAAAGUUUAGCGAGGAAGGCCGUUUUAUUACUCUAAUUUACCUAAUUCCUGUGAAUAUAAUAUUAGGUGUGUACAUAACAGUGCCACUUAUGCCAGUAUUUCUUGAUAUAAUUGACCCAUUGAAUUACACGAGAACAAGAAUGUUUCCAUAUUUUGCGGAAUAUUUUAUCGACGAUCAAAAGUACUAUUUCGAACUUACUGUUCAUUGCUGGAUUGUAUGUAUACUAUCAGUUCAAAUAUUUGUCACUUUUGACACAUCAUACGCUCAGUGUACUCAACAUGCAUGUGCCCUAUUCGCUAUUGUCGGGUAUCGUCUAGAUCGGACUAUGAAAUUGCAAUUAGAAAUAAAAGACUCGCAUGUCAAAAAAUUUAAUGAUGAUCAAAUUUUGACUGAAAUGACAGAAGCAAUUUUACUACACAAGCAAACCAUACAGUUUGUGAAUCUCAUUGAACAGUGUUAUACUGAUCUAUUUUUUUGGGUUCUGUUAUUAAAUACAUCACUGCUCAGUUUGACCGCAGUUGAUACUAUGCUCAAUCUUGAAAAAGGUAAUUACAAGCAAAUGAUAAGAAUUGGAACAUUGUAUAUUGGAUUUUCGUGUCAUCUCUUAUUCAAUGUAAUACCUGGUCAAAAAAUAAUGGACAGUAGUGCACAAGUAAAAAAUGCUGCUUUCCACUGUGAAUGGUUUAAUAAUUCAGCAAGAAUUAAACAACUCUUAAGUAUAAUGAUGCUGCGUAGUUCAGUACCAUGUACUUUCACAGCGAAGAGACUUUGUGUUUUGAAUUUGGAAACAUUUGCGUUUGUUUUUAAAAAAUCUAUAUCAUAUGUUACUAUGAUUGGUUCCAUGCGAUAGAACAGUUAUUUUAGCCUUACAAUGUCUGUAAAAUCCUUAGACAAAAUUAUAAUACUGUUUUUAAAUAUUAUCACUAUAAAUUCUAAUGUUAUGUCAUACAAAUAGACUUUGAAAUAUAAUUUCGCUUAUAUUUUUAAACUCUAAUUAUAUUUCAUUGAGUAAUGUCAACGAAACGUGUUGGUAUGAAAAACCGCAGAAAACUUGUAUCUAACCGACAGUAUAUAAUUGGUUUCUGAUUGCAACAGAAUUGUUUAAAACUCAAUUAAAGUCUAUGUCAAAUAUAAGGCUUAACAACAGAAAACAUAAUUUUCAAUGUAAUAAAAGUGUAUAGAGACUCAAUCGCAAUAUUUUUAUAACAAUAAUUUUUCUGUGCUUUAUUA